GUUGGAAACUACCUGCGUAUGUUCAGAGGAUCUCUGUAUAAGAGAUACCCAUCUUUAUGGAGGAGGCUGGCCUCAGUGGAGGAGAGGAAGAAGAUCGUAGCAUCGUCACACGCCACCAGUGUCACUCUGCUGAAGGCAUCAGAGUGUGAGGAGAUAUUUGAGGGGAAUGAUGAGAAAUACAAGGCGGUGUCCAUCAGCACAGAGCCCCCGGCGUACCUCAGAGAGCAGAAGGGCAAGAGGAGCAGUCAGUGGGUGCCCACCCUGCCCAACAGCUCCCACCACCUGGAUGCUGUGCCCUGCUCCACCACCAUCAACCGCAACCGCAUGGGCCGGGACAAGAAGAGGACCUUCCCCCUGUGCUUUGAUGACCACGACCCCGCAGUGAUCCAUGAGAACGCAGCGCAGGUGGAGGCGCUGGUUCCCAUCCGGCUGGACAUGGAAAUCGAUGGACAGAAACUGAGAGAUGCCUUCACUUGGAACAUGAAUGAGAAGCUGAUGACCCCGGAGAUGUUUGCAGAGAUCUUGUGUGAUGACCUGGACCUGAAUCCUCUGGCCUUCGUCCCUGCCAUCGCCUCCGCCAUCCGUCAGCAGAUCGAGUCGUACCCCAACGACGGCAUCCUGGAGGAGCAGCAGGACCAGAGGGUCAUCAUCAAGCUGAACAUACACGUGGGGAACAUUUCUCUGGUGGACCAGUUUGAGUGGGACAUGUCUGAGAGAGAGAACUCCCCCGAGUCCUUCGCCCUGAAGCUGUGCUCUGAGCUGGGUCUGGGGGGGGAAUUUGUUACCACCAUCGCCUACAGCAUCCGCGGUCAGAUCAGCUGGCACCAGAGGACCUACGCCUUCAGUGAGAACCCCCUCCCGACAGUAGAGAUAGCCAUCCGCAACACAGGAGAUGCAGACCAGUGGUGCCCCCUGCUGGAGACCCUCACAGACGCUGAGAUGGAGAAGAAGAUCCGAGACCAGGACAGGAAUACCAGGCGUAUGAGAAGACUGGCCAACACCGCUCCGUCCUGGUAGAGGCCCAAGGACUACUGUUACUGAAGAAGCAACACACACACACACACACACACACACACACACACACACACACACACACACACACACACACACACACACACACACACACACACACACACACACACACACACACACACACACACACACAC